AGACAGGCAGCUGCGCGGCCACCUGGCAGGGCGGCGUCGCCUAGCAACGCGGGGUCCUUCCUGGCUCGGCGGCGCUCGCGGCCUGAGCGGAGCCAACUGCCGCGCAGGGCGCCGGGGGCGGCGCCGUGGAACUGGAGGCCGCCGGGGGAAGACGGAGGGGGCUCGGCGCGCGCGGGGACCCGACCUCUGCGCCCCGGCGACGAUGAGCGCGGCCGAGGAGGCCCGCGUGGGGCCCGCGGCUGAUGGGCCAGCGCCGUCCGCGGAGGAGGAGGGCGAGGGCGGCGGGAAGGAGCCGGCGGAGGCGGAGGAUGCGGCCCCCGGGCCCAGCGCGUCGUUCCGCCUGAUGGUGACCCGGCGGGAGCCGGCCGUGAAGCUGCAGUACGCCGUGAGCGGCCUGGAGCCGCUGGCCUGGUCGGAGGACCAUCGCGUGUCGGUGUCCACUGCUCGCAGCAUCGCCGUGCUGGAGCUGAUCUGCGAUGUGCACAACCCAGGCCAGGAUCUAGUGAUCCACCGCACCUCGGUGCCCGCGCCUCUCAACAGCUGCCUGCUCAAGGUUGGCUCAAAAACAGAAGUGGCUGAGUGCAAGGAGAAGUUUGCUUCCUCUAAGGACCCUACCAUCAGCCAGACUUUCAUGUUGGACAGGAUGUUCAACCCCGAGGGGAAGGCCUUGCCCCCAAUGCGAGGGUUCAAAUACACUAGUUGGUCUCCCAUGGGGUGUGAUGCCAACGGCAGGUGCCUCUUGGCAGCACUGACAAUGGACAAUCGCCUGACUGUGCAGGUGAACCUCAACAGACUCCAGUGGGUCCAGCUGGUGGAUCUGACUGAAAUCUAUGGAGAGCGUCUUUAUGAGACCAGUUACAGACUUGCUAAGACUGAGGCCCCAGAGGGCAAUCUUGGGGAUUUUGCUGAGUUUCAGAGGAGACACAGCAUGCAGACCCCAGUGAGAAUGGAGUGGUCGGGCAUCUGCACCACUCAGCAGGUCAAGCACAACAACGAGUGCCGGGACGUGGGCAGUGUGCUCCUGGCGGUGCUCUUUGAGAACGGCAACAUUGCUGUGUGGCAGUUCCAGCUGCCGUUCGUGGGCAAGGAGUCCAUCUCUUCGUGCAACACCAUUGAGUCGGGCAUCAGCUCUCCCAGUGUCUUGUUCUGGUGGGAGUAUGAGCACAGCAAUCGGAAAAUGAGUGGCCUUAUCGUGGGGAGUGCUUUCGGACCUGUAAAAAUUCUCCCUGUCAAUCUCAAAGCAGUUAAAGGCUACUUCACUCUGAGGCAGCCUGUUGUCUUGUGGAAAGAAAUGGACCAGUUGCCUGUGCACAGCAUCAAAUGUGUGCCACUUUACCACCCUUACCAGAAGUGCAGCUGCAGCCUCGUGGUGGCUGCACGGGGCUCCUAUGUGUUCUGGUGUCUUCUUCUCAUCUCCAAGGCGGGUCUGAAUGUUCACAACUCGCACGUCACAGGCCUUCACUCGCUGCCCAUCGUCUCCAUGACAGCAGACAGGCAGAAUGGAACCGUCUACACCUGUUCCAGCGACGGGAAGGUGAGGCAGCUGAUCCCCAUUUUCACAGAUGUCGCGUUGAAGUUUGAACACCAGCUGAUUAAACUCUCAGAUGUGUUUGGCUCGGUGAGGACUCACGGCAUAGCAGUGAGCCCCUGUGGCGCGUAUCUGGCCAUCAUAACCACUGAGGGCAUGGUCAAUGGCCUCCACCCCGUUAACAAAAACUACCAGGUCCAGUUUGUCACUCUCAAGACCUUUGAAGAGGCAGCUGCUCAGCUCCUGGAGUCUUCUGUGCAGAAUCUCUUUAAGCAGGUAGACUUGAUAGACCUCGUGCGCUGGAAGAUUUUAAAAGAGAAACAUAUCCCUCAGUUUUUACACGAAGCUUUGGAAAAAAAGAUCGAAAGCAGUGGGGUCACCUACUUUUGGCGCUUUAAGCUUUUCCUCCUGAGGAUUUUGUAUCAGUCGAUGCAGAAAUCCCCUUCAGAAGCCUUAUGGAAACCCACCCAUGAGGACUCAAAGAUCUUACUGGUUGACUCACCUGGGAUGGGCGAUGGUGAGGAUGAACAGCAAGAAGAAGGCACGUCUUCCAAGCAGGUGACUAAGGCAGGCCUGCAGGAGAGGGGCAAAGAGGGAGACCCAGAAGAGCCCCCUGAGGACUCGCUCACUGCCGUGGGAGAUGUCGGGACCCGAGAGCCAAUAGAGGAAAAGCUCCUCGAGAUCCAAGGAAAGAUUGAGGCUGUGGAAAUGCAUCUGACCAGGGAGCACAUGAAGCGGGUCCUGGGAGAAGUGUACCUGCACACCUGGAUCACAGAGAACACCAGCAUCCCCACCAGGGGACUCUGUAAUUUCUUGAUGUCUGACGAGGAGUACGAUGACCGGACGGCUCGGGUGCUGAUUGGACACAUCUCCAAGAAGAUGAACAAGCAGACCUUCCCCGAGCAUUGCAGUCUGUGUAAGGAGAUCUUGCCGUUCACUGAUCGCAAGCAGGCCGUCUGUUCCAAUGGGCACAUUUGGCUCCGGUGCUUUUUAACCUACCAGUCCUGCCAGAGCUUGAUAUACCGAAGGUGUUUGCUCCAUGACAGCAUUGCCCGGCAUCCGGCUCCAGAAGAUCCCGACUGGAUUAAGAGGUUACUGCAGAGCCCCUGCCCUUUCUGUGACUCUCCUGUCUUCUGAGUGUCAGCGGUGGGGGACGGAAGGACAUGAACUCAGCUGUAGAAAGUUCCCUGGAGCCUGAGGAGCAGCUGCGCUAGGGAGAGCCUGGCCCUGAGCAAUGGAGAGGCACUCUUCUCACUGGAAAUCGGGAGGGCCUCCCUGGGAGCUCUCCCAAGUACACACACCAUCUCCAGGUCUAAAGGAUAUUUUUUAAAUGACCAGAUAUGGAAAGUUUGAGUCAUUUUGAGGUGAACAUUAGCCACCCUCAGCUCCUUGCCCAACAAGGAACACUUAUUUUUCAAGUGUCUUGACUGAAGCAGUUUGAACAGAAAGAGUGUCAUAUAUACUGUUUCUAGAAACAUGCUGGUCUCUUCUAAAGAACGCAUAUAAGGACCUUGCUGGGUGAGUUAGGUUUUCAUCCUUGUCCUGGUCUGGGAUGGCCUGUGGCUCCCAAGGGCUGAAGUUGGCUGGUACUGACACUGUGUGCCAGCUGAUAUUAAAGUGUGUAAAGCAGCACAUGCUGGUUUCUGCUCUCAGACGGCUGCAGAUCUGUGUCCCAUCCACUUGUCCUGCAUAUGGAAACCAUUUUCUUAAAACUAUAUUUUUUAAGCCAAGUCUAAAAUUGUUCUUAAUGUAUCAAAUGAUCAGGUGACUAUUAGAAGUUAGUAAUUGUGAUUUAUUUUUCUCUUCCUGUGUCAUCAGAUCUCCUGAGCCAGCUCCUUAAUGUGUAUAAAGAGAUGGAGUGUUCCACUUCCCUCGUCAUCGCCCACGUCACUCACCAGUGCUAAUCUAGAUGUUUGUUAGAGGGGGAGAUCUUCUUUUAGUAUUAAAUCAAUUCAGUAUUUUUAACAUUGAUAUUUCCAGAUGUUUCCCCAAGCAUCUGGGAGAAGAAUCUGUCUAGGACUCCUGGAAAGAGAAGGGCAGCGUGGAGUUGGAGGCCUUUAAGACCUGGCGCUGCAAGUGUGUGCCCUCAGGUGGGCAGGGCAGCCUGGGAAUUCUUCCUUUCUCCAAAGACUCUUAAUAUUUGGAAUACAGCUGUUUUUCUGCAGGCUAUAAAAAGAAGACAGAAACAGUUCUGACUGGUAGCUCUUAAUCAAAACCUAUAAUAGACAUUCUGGAAUUACAAUCUUAGAGUUUUUGAGACAGGGUCUCCUGUAGCCCCAGCUGGGGAACUCCUCUGUAGACUAGGCUGGCCUCGAUCUCACAGAGAUCCUCCUGCCUCUGCCUCCCCAGUGCUGGGACUGUGUGUGCACCACCACAGCUGGCUGUUUUAGAUUUUUAAAGAAAGUUUCCUAGGGAUUGGUGCUAAUUAACUGUAGUGCACACAUUUUGGAAUGGUGUAUUUUUGGAACAUGGGGUGGAAAAUACAGAAUAUGAAAUUCUUUAAUUAUUUCAUCAUCUUUUUGGCUUUUAGUUUAACAUACUUUCUUGCUUUGUUUUUUGUAGCCUCAGUGAGAAACAACUGUCCUCACUUCAGAAAUAAUGUCUUGGUACUUGGGUACCACGAGAGACAGACUUGCCAAGGCCACACUGUCUUACUAUGCACCCUGGCAUUGCCAUGCACUUGGAAUAGACCCCAAGAGGCACUGCCAGACACUGCCUGAGAUGUCCUGUUAAGAGUGGGACUUAGCUUCGGCUUGCUAAUGUGUUUGCUGGAGUCUUAUGUUCUCAUUUUGGGGGUAAUUUCAGGAAGUGUUUAUCCAGGCUUGGGGCAGCAAGUUAAACUGACCUUCAGGAAAGAACCAGGCCCACUGGGGUCCUGAGUGGCCCUGUUCUGACACUGCAUAGCUGAAGCCUGUAGCUGUUCUCGGCAUAGUAAACGUGGCAGGAAAAACUGAGGUGACGUAAGGAAUUGUUCCAGUUGUGAUAAUCAUGCAUGCUGUUUCAGUUCUUUCUCUGUUCUGAAUCAACUCCUUAGGCGUUCUUACAGGGAAUUUUGUGUUAUUACCAUUUAAAAACUUAACUGCUUAUUUGAAACAAUUGUGCAGUUCUGAGAAACUGACAAUUAGGAGUAACAGAAGGAUUUCUGACGUUAUUCUGUAACUUGUCUAUAGGAGUAACAUGGUGACAGGAACAUGGUUCCUACAAGGGGCUCUGCCCAGUGGCAUCAGUGGACUCUGAAAUCCAGCCUCAGCUACAUGUCCCCACAGCCAGACACACAGCAGGCCUCAGAGCUGGCGAACAGAGUUGGGGAUGAAGUUGGCUUCGUGCAUAGUGCGCUUCUGAGCGCUUCUCAAAGGGUCAGUGUACAGGAGGGCCGCAGAGGGUGUCUUGGAAUCUUCCAGUUACCUCUUCCAGCUUAAACUUAGCACACAUAACCCUCCAGACUUGCCUCAAAUUUACCUGAUCUGUUUGUCGGGGUUCAGGUUGAUUUCAGUGGUAGCCAUGAUAAUUUUCAGGAAUGGGAAGGAUGGUAGGCUUGCUGCUCUGCAUUAGUGCUGGAGCAACUGCACGGAGACCUUGUGAGCUGUGUUACUGGUCUGUCUCAAGUUUCUCUGCUGGGGCUACUUGUUCCUCUUACUCUAAGUAGGAAACUGAUAACUUGUUGGUAUUCAGCCAGAGUCCUCAUGUGUCCCUCCCAGACUCCAGACAGCCUCAACCUACUGUUAGAGCUGCCAACACUAGCAGUUGUUUCCAGUGUCAGAAAUCAUUAGAAGAUCAGCAAAGCUCAAAGUUGAGUGUGACGUUCUUCUGCUUCUCUAGGAGGACUUUGAGAACAUUUAUGUCGAAGCAUGAAGGCAGGAUCUGUUAGCAAACCUAGGUUACCUAGGCUGGGAAUAGUAAAGUCAUUUGUUGUGGUUAUGUGGCAUCAGAUUAAGGUGCAGAUCAGUGCUUGUUAGGGAUGUGCAGAGCUGGUGGGGAGCCCGGCUGCCUGCGUGACCAGGAGUCUUUCUUGUCCUCUCAGCCUUCUGCUCACCUCACUGUUGCUUUGCUGUCCCAAAGAGGCUCCCCUGAUUUCCAUUAAGUUUCUUGGCGUUAGGGUACAUUCAGAGCUAUGGAAAACGGAUGAGAUAAACAUCUCACUGUAUUGUGGGCCUCCCUUCCUAGAAGGAACUUCACGGUGACUGCUUUCUGGAGGUAAUGGUGUUAUUAGCAACUCACUAGGCUCUCUCUGGUUUUCAUCAAAACUUUAAAUGAUAAUUUUGUGGUCUGGUAGCUGAAUCACUUCAGGUUAGACCUGAGGCUCACAGCCACCACCCCAGCACCCCAGCCAGUAUUAGUCACACUGAGCUUAGCUGAGUGGGGUGCAUUCCAAGUCAGCAUGAACAGCCAGCAGCCAGACAGAUUCACCACCUCUUCCCGGUUAGCACACUCUGGACUUGCAGGGUCUCGGCAAGACUUUGACAGCCCAGCAAGUGAAUUAUGUCCUUAAAUGGGACUAAGCCAAACUCAAAGAAGGUAGCGUCGCUGCUGUCUACAGCCUACAGCAGCACUGUCCCCUAAGCAGCAGGUUCCUUCCUGUAACUGAAGCACAGGCAGAGGCCAGUAUUAACGUGUCUUUCGAGGCCAUGUCUGUAUUCUGGGGGAGAGACCCUGCCUACAAGCAGGAUCCUAGUCACAGUGAGUUUAGAGCAAGAUGCAGAGGUGAUGCUCACUGGGACAGCACUGUAGGCUCCAGCUGAAGGGCUGGGCUGGGCGAAGUGAAGCAGGUCUGAGUUCUGCAUCUCUUGUUGAAGAUUAGAAGUUGUAGCCAGGCAUGGUGACACACGCCUUUAAUCCCAGCAGAGGCAGGUCAAUCUGUUAGAUCGAGGCCAGCCUGGUCUAUGUAGUGAGUUCCAGGCCAGCUGUGGGUACAGGGAGACCCUGUCUCCAAAAAAGAGCCCCCCCCAAAAAAAAAUUAGAAAAGAUUAGAAGUUACUUUACCUCAGGGCUGAGGGUGUAGCUCAGUGGGUAGAGUGUUUGCCUAGCAUUCAUGAGGUCCCGAGUUCCAAACUUGCCACUGAAAAAAAGUUAUUUACCCUUUACCUCACUUUCAUGAAAUUCUGUUAUUUUUCAUAAAGAAAAUACUCUAAACUAGAUUGUGCCAGGCACAGGCAUACUAUACUGAGCACUUGGGAGGCUGGGGCAGGAGAAUCAAUUUGAAGGCCAACCUGUCUCAGAAAAACAAAUAUGGUCAUCGGGCAGCGUGAGAGGUAGUGACAGUUUUCCGUGUCAGACCGGGUCUGCAUUUGGCCAACCUUCAGGUGCAGUGCACACACUCAAGUCCGCUGUCUCUCUGUAUGGUACUAAUGUAACGUCAGAUGCAAGUGUCUAUGAAUGAUGUCUUCUUCAAGGCUUUGUUUCAGAUUUGCACUUUGACACGACAUGAACUUGAGCAUCAGCAUCACACUUGUUUAUGCAGUGUCUGUGUUGUGCAAAGUGCUUAUGCUUUCUGUUUACCCAAUGCCCCUGCUACAGUUUGUGCUUGGCUUGAAUUGUAUGUAUGUUUACACCUGACUUUUUUUGAAAUAAAGAGAAAAAUUUACAGUUA